CUGGCUACGGGCCGACGCUCUCCCCAAGUAUACCAUCAUAUAGUGCCAGUCAGAUAACUGUGUUUAAGGUUUGGUCCCAUCGCGACCAAAGCCAGUCACCACAACGUCGCGAGCCUUCGCGCGGUCCGCGACAUUCUUAAAUCAACGCGCGGAAGAAUAGUUGACACAUUCUUGGGUGCCGCAGGCACGGGAAUUACUCCUGGCACUGGCGAACUGCUAGUACGACAGCCGCCCCGCCGCUCACGGUAAUUGACAGUGGCACCGCCAGCAGUGCCAACCUCGGGGACUCCUCAUACACUCCCGCUCUCACCUCACAACUCGGAAAUGAAAGUUGAAACGGGGAAAUCUAAUGAGGGAAAAUGAUAGUUUGGGUUAAGAGACCCGUUUGAUAAGUGACCAGGGCCUAGAGUGCCACUCCACAGGCCUAGAGUGCCGCUCCACAGGCCUAGAGUGCCGCUCCACAGGCCUAGAGUGCCGCUCCACAGGCCUAGAGUGCCGCUCCACAGGCCUAGAGUGCCGCUCCACAGGCCUAGAGUGCCGCUCCACAGGCCUAGAGUGCCGCUCCACACACCUAGAGUGCCACUCCACACGACCAAAGUGCCACACUAAUUCGUCAUGACUUCUCAGUUCGUCAAUACCUAUCGAGAUCUAGAAAGGAAAACCGUAGAAUGGCAACUUCUUGGGACGAUAACAGAUGUGUAAACCUGUGUUAUAAACCCGAGUGUAAACCUGUCUGUAAAUCUGAGUGUAAAGCUGAGUUAUAAACCCGUUUGUGUCGACUUGAACACGUGGUGACGUGAGCGACACCUGUCAAUUUGCCGUUACGUGGUGUUGGCGGCGGCGCGUGAGUUCCUGGCGAGUGUGUAGUGAGUGACAAUGAUGAGUUACAACGUGGGAGGGAUGAGUAACGGCGAGGUGGGCUACCUGGACAAGGUGCAGGCGCCUGGCUCGCCAGGUGAGCACAAACGAUUCACCGUCAGUCAUCUGCUCGAUUUGCCGGAGUUGGUGAGACUGCCGCAGGCGGCCGCCGCCGCUGCGGCCUUUACCCACGACCUGUCCGCCUCUGGCCUACACGAGGGCCAUCUGCCGCAGGAACUAUCGGCGCUGCACCACUUGCAAACCCCACACUUGUACCACCACCAUCACCACCACCACCAGCAGCAGCACCAGCACCUCCAGCAGCACCACACACCACCGCUGCAGCAGCAGCAGCAGCAAGGCUUGGAUUGCUCGGGGGCACAGCAACAUCUGCAGAAGCAGCAACAACAGCAGCAGCUUCACAGCCUCCCGCAGCUCCAAACACAGCAGCAUGUAUCUACCCCUCAGCCUCGCCUUCAGCAGCAGCAACAGCAGCAGCGGCAGACAGCAGCUCCUGCUGGGGAGAAGACUGGAGGCUGCACAACAGCAGCCAAGACAGAGAGAUCACCGUCUUCCGCUCCAGACACGGAUAAAAGUGACGUAACAGUGACACAGAGCUUGUCGCACACAACUGUCCGAGUCGCCGUCGACCGUGCACGGGUCGGCGAGGAAACGGGGCGGUCGCCGGAGAACGAGGCCGUCGCCGGAGAACGGGGGCCAUCGCCGGAGAACGGGGGCCGUCGCCGGAGAUCGGGGACCGUCGCCGGAGAUCGGGGGCCGUCGCCGGAGAACGGGGCGGUCGCCGGAGAACGAGGCCGUCGCCGGAGAACGGGGCGGUCGCCGGAGAACGAGGCCGUCGCCGGAGAACGGGGCGGUCGCCGGAGAACGAGGCCGUCGCCGGAGAACGGGGCCGUCGCCGGAGAACGGGGGCCGUCGCCGGAGAUCGGGGACCGUCGCCGGAGAACGGGGGCCGUCGCCGGAGAACGGGGCGGUCGCCGGAGAACGAGGCCGUCGCCGGAGAACGGGGCCGUCGCCGGAGAACGGGGGCCGUCGCCGGAGAACGAGGCCGUCGCCGGAGAACGGGGGCCGUCGCCGGAGAACGGGGGCCGUCGCCGGAGAACGGGGGCCGUCGCCGGAGAACGGGGGCCGUCGCCGGAGAACGGGGCCGUCGCCGGAGAACGGGGCCGUCGCCGGAGAACGGGGGCCGUCGCCGGAGAACGGGGCCGUCGCCGGAGAACGGGGCCGUCGCCGGAGAACGGGGCCGUCGCCGGAGAACGGGGCCGCCGCCGGAGAACGGGGGCCGUCGCCGGAGAACGGGGGCCGCCGCCGGAGAACGGGGGCCGCCGCCGGAGAACGGGGGCCGCCGCCGGAGAACGGGGGCCGUCGCCAGAGAACGGGGCCGCCGUCGGAGAACGGGGCCCGUCGCCGGAGAACGGGGCCGCCGCCGGAGAACGGGGGCCGUCGCCGGAGAACGAGGCCGUCGCCGGAGAACGAGGCCGUCGCCGGAGAACGGGGCCGUCGCCGGAGAACGGGGCCGUCGCCGGAGAACGGGGCCGUCGCCGGAGAACGGGGCCGUCGCCGGAGAACGAGGCCGUCGCCGGAGAACGGGGCCGUCGCCGGAGAACGGGGCCGUCGCCGGAGAACGGGGCCGUCGCCGGAGAACGGGGCCGUCGCAGGAGAACGGGGCCGUCGCAGGAGAACGGGGCCGUCGCCGGAGAACGGGGCCGUCGCCGGAGAACGGGGCCGUCGCCGGAGAACGGGGGCCGUCGCCGGAAAACGGGAACCGUCGCCGGAGAACGGGGCCGUCGCCGGAGAACGGGGCCGUCGCCGGAGAACGGGGCCGUCGCAGGAGAACGGGGCCGUCGCAGGAGAACGGGGGCCGUCGCCGGAAAACGGGAACCGUCGCCGGAGAACGGGGCCGUCGCCGGAGAACGGGGCCGUCGCCGGAGAACGGGGCCGUCGCCGGAGAACGGGGCCGUCGCAGGAGAACGGGAACCGUCGCCGGAGACAGCGUCCUGCCGACCACAGACAGCGGUUCUGUGUUGGGAACACGCGGACGGAAAGACUCAGGAGCGGAUAUUCGAGCAGAUAAAUGGGCGGAAAGACAGGCGUGGGCGGACAGAUGAUUGGCGUGGCAGUAUACGGACGGACAUAAGUCUUAAUAUCCUACAGUAUCAAAUAUAA